AUGCGGUGUUCAGAGUACCAUUUCAGGCCUGGAUUUUGUUGUAUUGAACUUUGACAUCAUAUCAGUGGUGAAUCCUCCACGAUUUCAAGAUGAGCAGUGGGGAAGAUGUUGAGCCAACCCAACUGAGUUGGUGGGAAAGACAACAACAAUACUUCCGUGAGGACUUGCGCACAUUUGACAUUGAGGAUUGCAACAGCUGUAGGUACAUCAGUGGAGGAACCUUGAUGCUGGCUGGGUUGUACGUCACUUAUGUGGGUCGGCAACGAGCAAAGCACAAUGGAAGCAGAUACGGGUUUAUUCCAUCCAUGGUGGUAGGAUCAAUAUUUGGAGUUUUGGGAGUUAUGAGACUUGCGAAGUAUAAUCCAUUCUCAUCAAGUGGAAAGGCUCUUGGCAUUGAUGCCCUAGAUUCCUUCAAAGACAGAGUCAGGAAGAUGCAAACAGAAGUUGACUUAUUCAGGAAGGCACAACAGAUUCCAAUAGAACAGCUAGAACAGAUGCAUCGCAAGCAGAAGGUCGAAGAAGACAUCAAUCAGAAGGAGCAAGAAGGCGGAGCUAUAACAAUAAACAAGGCGGACUCGAACACAUCUAAAGAUUCAUGAUCUAGAGUGAUGAUCUAUACUUUAGUGGUCACGUAUGUUUGAUCAUAACGUUAUCUGUUGCAAUCAUGCCCAGAGCUAGUACAGAACAACUGAACCCGCAAACUUUGUCAGUAGGAGGGCGCUCUUUUUGCCUGGCUGCGAGUUCAAGCUGGGAAAUAGCUCUCCUUUUGCAUAGUCUUCAAAGCUACAACAAGAUUUGUACUGUAGACCAAUCCAUCCACCAUAUCAAAUCAAUGGCACCGACUUGGAAAGGAAAGCAAGCCUUGUCCUGCAAGCCUAGUUGCUGUAUGUAGCUUGUCUACAAUUUGUAAUGGAUUUUCAGCGUUCUCCCUUUAAUAGAGGUCUGCUGGCCAUAGACAAGGGGACCAGUGUUUUAGACCGAUCCAUUAAGCUCUGCCCCAUUGCACCAAUCAAAACGCAACGAAGGUCCGACAAAUCAAGUUCGACAUGCAGGCGCGUAUGCUUGGUGCGCGUGGCAGAGUUGUGAAGAAAGGCAUUGGACAGGCUCACGUGUUCUUGUGAGGGGAGCCUAAUGGAUUGGUCUAUGCUCUCCCAGUGAUCGGGCUGUGUUGAAAAAGCUUCCAUAAUGAUAUUUCAUUUAGAAUAAUGACAAAUGAAAAAGCUAACGGAAUAGUGAAAUACAAGCUAACAGGGCCCAAAUUCAUAGAGCUGCUAAAAAACAAAAAUUUGCUUAGCAUGACAUUUCUUCCUUGAUAAAAAC